GAGCGACGAUGUCGACAUCGAAGCCCUAAACGGAGGCUUACCGAUAUCGGAUGUGAUCCAAAUUCAGGCUACCAAUAUCAACUUCUGGCACACAGUGAGCUUUUCAUUUAACACGAUUUCAGGUGUGUGAAAUCGUGCGUCGAAGACAGUGCAAAGAUGGCAACACAAGAAACCUGUACUAUUAGGACUUGCAUCACAAAGCCCCCGAGCAUAUUCAUGCAUAUAACAUUAUUAUUUUCCUCUCUCAUUAUAUGUUUAUUCCUUUUUGGUCUUGGCUCUGCUGGGAAUGUGAGCCCAAGAGCUGAACUCUAUGUGCCUAACUACAAGUACUAUCAUAAUGUAUCCUCCAUCGGGACAUUCAUUACCGACCUGGUCGUCAAACAUCCAACCUACUUUCGAUUAGAUUUAAACUUCAAGUCCCGCUCCAACAUUCCUCAGUACGUCUUGCACAUGACCAAUUUUUCAAGCUCAAGGAUAUCGUAUGGAAGCCACGGUGUGUCAAAUGUCAAGCCCCGCCUCCUCCUCUCGUUCGGGGAACAUGCUAGAGAGUUCUUCCCAGUUGAAAGUAUGAUACAUCUUCUGAAAAGAAUCACAAGAGGGCUGUAUGCUCCACUCAAUAGCCCGGAGGACCAGUACACCAAACAUGUUCUUUCUCAGCUGGAUAUUUACAUCAUUGUUAUGGCUAAUCCAGAUGGAAGACAUCUCAUUGAAAAGACGGGUAACUACUGCUGGAGGGGGACUAGCACUGGGGUGGACUUGGACAGGAACUUUCCUUGGAAUUUUGGAGGUCGUGGAAGCUCAGGGGAUCCUGGUGAUGAGGAGUUUAGAGGGCCAUUUCCACAUUCAGAACCUGAAGGCAGAGUCUACUUGGAGCUGUCAAACACACAUCACUUUGAUGCCUUCAUCUCAUUCCACUCUGGAAUCAAACAAAUCUACAUUCCAUUUGCUGAUUCUGCCUCUAGAAAGGCCAAAAUAGUCCCAGUGAAUAGUAUUGUCCAGCUUGCUUUAGCUGAAGCAAUGUCUAAGGCAGGAGGCUCUUCAUUUAAAUAUGGAAUAGGCUAUAACCUCUGUGAAUACCCUGCUGAUGGCACCAUAUAUGAUUAUAUGGCUGGUGUCAAAAAGAUACCAUAUUCCUUGAAUGUUGAGAUGUGGGGUGAGGGUGAUGUAGAUAAUAAACAGUGCUUUGAUCUCUUCAAUCCUCCAAAUGAAAAAUUAGUAGCCUCACUAGAUGACAGUAUGCCUCUGUAUGAUGCACUCUUUACACACUUAGUGCAUUGGAAACAAAAGCAAAUUCAUGAGCAGUACCACCAAUUAGGGACUGAUCUGUACAUUCCAAAGAGCUAUGUCAUUCCCUUCUUACUAUGCCUGUGCGUCUUCCUGGCAAUCUUCUGUCGUCAAGUACCAUGUGCCUUCAACCACCGCUUCUAUUCCCGCAAGAGGGUCGUUAGCUUACGUUCCCUCAGCUCCACGUUCACCGUCAGCGGUAUCAAGAUCACGUGACACAAACUACAGCAUGCCCUUUUUGUUAGGUAAUUUAUUGUGUGUAUUAAAAGUAAAUCCAGAAGGCGCUCAAAAUACGUACGCGCUGGCGGACGGUGCUAUAGCUGCCUAUUGACGCCAACAGAAUACGGCUCUUACGCAGAUGGCAUGUUCCGAUAACUACACUGGGGGAACGUGCCCCUUUAAGUGGAUAUGCCAUGAAGAUGCAUCAGGUGACAAGUCAUGUGAUUUGUGAGAGAGAUUAUCAGCUUGAAACAUCAUUUACAACAAACUUUACCUUCCCUUCCCUCAAGUUUCAAUUUCAAUAGCAAAACAAUUUUUAUAUUGUUCAUGACCAAAAUGUGCAAUCCUUCAUCUAAUGUUCUGUUAACUUUGAUGAUAUUGAAUAGUCUGAAUUAAGAUCUGUCACUCAAAUGAAUGUCACAAUGAUAGAAAAACAUGAGGUAAGCCUGCCUAUUGGUUUUGAUUUUGAAUCUUUUUGUGUGCAUACAAUGCACACAAAGUUUGUAACACGAUGCAAAAAUUAUUUAAUUACAAUUUACGCUGCAUUACGCAUCAACAAAAUUUUGCAGUUUGUUAAUGUUAUUGGGUUUUAUGUUCAGGUAGAUAUGUUGAGGAAACAUUUUUUUUUAUUGGAUAUUGAAAGAGUGAUUUAAUCUUUCCAAUAAUUGCAAUUUGAUAUGCAUUUGUAUCACAGCUGCAUCAAAAUAUUGUGAAUUUUGUGCAGGGUUUAGGAAUAUUUACCAAUGCGUGUAUAUCUUGUAUGUUUACCUGUAGCCUGGUGAAUCUAGAGUCAAAUAUAUAAAUAGUUUUGCAAUACAAAGGGUAGCUUAUUUAUUCAGAUGUUACUCAUAAUGUCAGCAAUAUUAUAUAACUCAGUGCCUGACAAGUGAGGGGUUUGUGAUGUGUGAAUAUUGAUAUAGAUCAAGAUAAACAAGGGUAUACUUCUCUCAAAGAAUGCAGCAAAAUGAGUCAAAAAGUUCUUUAAAAGUUAAAGGAAAUUGUUAUCAAGAAUAAAGAGAAGGAAAAAACAAAUUAAAAAUCAAUUUAACACAGAUGCUGACACACCCUUCGAGUACCUCUAUCAUUUGCUUUGCAAUGACAAUUUCAUAAAUUUCAAUUUUAAUUAUUGUUGAUAAAGCUAUAGAUCUUUCCCAAUAAUAUAUCUAGGGCUCGGGUAUAAUACACAAAUAUUGAAUCUCCAGCGCUCAAUAUAACAAUACAUGCAAACAAAAAAUACAAAAUUUCUUACUAAUGAUAUAUGUCACUGAAGCCGCAGGCAAAGGGUGAGGUAUAAUGGCACCAGGGAAAUUCUGAAUAUGUAGGUGAAUAUUUGUUAUAUUGAACAAGAAAAUGCAUGCAAUAUUUGUUGUAUAAAAUUUAGGAUAUACAUGUUCUCAUGCAUUUACUCCUCUGGAGUCAGUCCCUCUUGAUUACAUUCAGGUUGCCUUCCAUCAGAUGUGCGCAGCUAGUAUGCAAGACAAUGGAAACAAUGGGUAUGCAUAGGGGGAUAGGUGCACUGCCUGUGUAAUUCACUUUUAUAUGUGCUAUACCAUGCAAAAUAUGUUUUUUACCAAGCACCAAGCACAAAUUGUUGAUUGUCACAUGACACAUUUUAGCUGAGAAGAUACUUGCAAACAAAUACCCUAUUUUAUAUAAAUACAUGUAGAUAUUUUCCUCAGAAAAAAUAAAUUAUGAAAUGGGAGAGGUGCUCUAAGAAUAUGUCAUAGAGUUGGCAAUUUGGACUUGAUUGAUUACUACUUUAAAAUUUCAUGAGUUUUUUUAUCGUUCAUUGGAUUUUCCUUAUACAUUUACUGACCCGCUUUUCUCUUUUUUCUGUUUUUAUUAUAAAAACAAAUUAAUGAUAACUUGAAUUGAAUACAACUAAUGUCGUUAAAGAAGUGAAGGAAUAGGAGUUCUGUAUAAUGCAUUUUAUUCCAUGAAGUAGUUCUAGGUGAUAUCCGGCAUUGUGAUAUCCUGUUUUGAGUACCAGGGCAUUAAACAAAUUGA